CGUAAAUAAGAGCACAACAAAUUUUCGUAUGGGCCGUGCAAAAGAGCCAUUUCAGUUUCCUCUCACAAACCCUAUCGAACUUCCUUGCGACGCCUUCGAAGCCAGCACCGUCAUCAUUGUUCACCACUGCCGUUCUCCCUUCGCCGUCGUCGAUCACCACUUCGAAGCAGCCGCCUCCUUCGCUAUUAAGAUUGAACCGAAGGACACAGGGAGCUCUGAGUUGCUGUCUACUCCUCUUCUUUCCUCCCUUCUAGCGACCCCCUAAAUCGAAUCGAGAGGUGUUCAGUAAUUUCCCCAAUUCGAAUUGAGGCAAAUCAAUUUUAAUGUGUGUAUAUAAUUGAUUCAUCAGUGAUAAUGAUGGAUCUAAGAUCGGCUUUUGAAGACCACAUAAAGCAAUUGGCGGAUCUCAUCCUGAAACUCUCUUCGGAGCUCCGGUCAGGCCUUCGACCCGCCUACGAUAAUUUCAUGGGAUUUUUCCACGCUAUCGAUUGGACGGAACCUUGGUUAAGGGGUUUAAUGGCAUUUCAUGUUGCUUUGCUGAUAGUGGCCAUCCUGUCAAGAAAACAUAUCAACUUCCAGAUGUUCUUGUUUCUCUUAGCUUUGGGUGGUGUAUACUUUGCUGAGAGGCUGAAUAGAAUUUUGGGUGACAACUGGAGGAGUUUUGCAAGCCAGAAUUAUUUUGAUCCACAUGGACUCUUUCUUUCAUCACUCUGGUCUGGGCCUCUUCUUGUCACUGCAAUCGUUAUUUUGAUAAACAGUCUCUUUUCCUUGUGUUACCUGAUUGUUAGAUGGAAAAGGGCUGAACUUAGACACCGUGCUAGGUUGUCUCAGAACAAACAGGAUUGAUCAUGCUCAAUUAUGUUGGUCUUUCAUUCCUAGACAUUUGAAGAGCUACUUCUUGCCUCCUGGCAGUUUUGUGACCAAUUUAGAUUGCAGAUACGUCUUUUCAAUUUCUCACGGAUCUUUUUUAUUUUAUUUUAUUUUUCCAUCUUGAGUUUUGAAUGGUGUAAUCAUAAGACAUUAGCUUGGUUAUAAUGUCAUUUCUUGCUUACCAUUAUUGUUGUUGUUGAGUAACCGUCUUUCAAUUUAGCCAUGGGAAUCCCUCCAUCCAUUCAUGGCCCUUAAUAGAUUUCCAAAAUUCAUUGAUAUAUGAAUUUUGAGUUUAAUUACUUAAA